AUUAUGAGCUGUACUUCCGGUUUUAUAGCUGUAGAGAAGCCACGUGAGAUCUGUCAACACAGCACUGAGAUAUGUUUUACCUCAUAGGUUUGGGAUUAGGGGAUGCUUCUGACAUUACAGUUAAGGGCUUAGAUAUUGUGAAGAAAUGUAAGAGAGUUUAUCUUGAAGCGUAUACGUCGAUCCUCACCGUAGGAAAAGAAGCUUUGGAAGAAUACUAUGGGAGAGAGGUUAUUUUAGCAGACAGAGAGAUGGUGGAAUCCAUGUCAGAUGAGUUACUGAAUGAAUGUGACAAAGAAGACAUAGCAUUUCUAGUUGUUGGCGAUCCUCUAGGAGCAACAACCCAUACUGAUUUGAUUUUGAGAGCAAAAGAAAAGGGAAUUGAGUUCAGAGUUGUACACAAUGCAUCUAUCAUGAAUGCUGUAGGUUGCUGUGGAUUACAGUUAUACAACUAUGGUGAGACUGUUUCCAUAGUAUUUUGGACAGACACAUGGAAGCCAGAAAGUUUCUUCGAUAAAAUACAGAAAAACAGGGACACCGAAAUGCAUACAUUAUGUUUAUUAGAUAUUAAAGUGAAAGAACAAAGCAUUGAAAAUCUGAUGAGAGGUAGGAAGGUGUUUGAACCACCUCGGUACAUGAGUGUGAACCAGGCAGCUGAGCAGAUUCUGGAAGUUGUACGGAACAGAAAGGCUUCAGGGGACACACCCUCUAGUGAUACAGCAAUUACUGAGGACACGUUGUGUGUUGGUUUGUCAAGAGUAGGAGCCGAGUCCCAGCAGAUUGUGACAGCUACGCUACAGGAGAUGACCUCGGUGGACCUCGGUGGACCUCUGCAUUCGUUGGUUAUUCCAGGUCACAUGCACCCACUGGAAAUUGACAUGCUUUCGCUGUAUGCAUCUAGUACCAAAGUGAAAGACAUUUUACAGUCAUUACAACCAACAAAAUAAAUAUAGAUUUUUACAGGA